AUGGACGAGGCGCUACGGAAACAGCAAUUCAGCCAACUACAACCACUCACAGUGGCGCUAUCCAAGGAAGUUCUGUUACCGCCAAAACAACGACUACAGAAGCAAGAUGCCAUCUACACUCGCCUCAAGGACCUAAGGGCGUUCCUACAGCAACAAGACCUGAUUUGGUCCAAGAACCUCGCCGAUUACACAUUUUUCCCCAUCAUGCAUCUUCUACAAGGAAUAACAGACAUUUUAGACCUCCGCGACGGCAUUCGAGAAUGUAUUCUGGCUAUCAUCGACAUUCUGAUCUCAAAAGUGUGGAAUCUGGACAUGAAUCAGACCUUAGCAAGGGAGCUACUGUCUUUGUCUGCAAACCUAUCAUCUGGAGAUGACGACAAGACUAGCGACGAGACCAGAUUGGAAGCGGCUAGAUGCUUUGGAGGUAUUUUCCCUUCAAAACCGGCUCUAAAUGAUGUGGGCCCUAUCAUCAUGCUGCUACUGCAAUGGGGAGAGAAAGGCGGGUCUGUGGAGCUACGUGAACAAUCAUGGAUGUCUUUAUUGGCACUAUUUGAGGGACUGAGCAGCAAGGAAACCGCCCAGAUCCUUCCGGGAGUCGUCUCUGGAGUCUCAAAGGUUGUCAAUGGGCAUUACAAGGUGGCGGUGGCCGCCCUCAAGGUGCUACGACAGGUGACGGUGACCGCACUACACAAUGGAUGCAAGGAUGAUGAAAAGUGGCUUGAAUACACCCGAAAGCAGUAUUUGGUGACCCUAAAGAUGAUAUCUACCCGUAAGCACAACCAGACAAACACUCAGUUGAUCCUAUUGUGCUCAGAUAUCGUUGGAAAAUGCAACGAGAGCCUGGAAAACUGCUUGCCUAUCUGUGUCGAUAUCCUGCUUAGCUUAGACGCUACUGAAGAGUUUAUCAAGUACCAAAGCAAGCUUGAAACGGUGCUGGACGAACGAAUGUAUGUCUGGUUGGACAAUCUGCCGUCCCUACUGACGAGAAACGACGAUACAGAGCCACUGGCGGUACUCAAGUGUCUCAAGGGGGGCAUGCAACUACAAAAGGACGACGGAUCCAGAAGUCUGCUGGUGGAAAAGCUGGUCGAAGCGGUCAAUAGUAUCAACCAACAUGCCAUUGCACCAGCCAAGAACAAGAUGCUGUCUUCAGAUACACCAAUCAACUUUGUUAAGCAUGAAGGAAUUAACAAAAGAGCAAUUCAGGUCGAUCAUAAUGCCAAGCACGUCAUGCCGUUCAGAGGCUUCGGUAUCACCACGUUACUCAAUGACGAAGUCCAGACUGCGCUGGAGGAGGUUGUAGUUGCUGCAGAUGUAUCUUUCGAGGAUAUCCAGUCCUCCGACGAAGUAUCACAGUUAUGGAUGUCCAAUCUGAUGUUGAAGUCUGACGACUGGCUUGUGGGGAUGCCUGGUGACAAGUUUGACGCCUACGAGCUGGAAAACUACUACAUUGACGCUCUCAAAUCCCCAAAGCAGCAGUAUCAGUAUCUUGCUCUUCAAGGAAUUGGAUUGAUGGCUGCUCAGACACCUCUGAAUGAUUCGCUGAUGGACAUUCUGUACCCAAUCCUUGCCCUGGUCCCUUCAGAUCAUGGAUUAGUGAGUGAUAUGGCUCGAGAGACCCUCCUACAGCUGUCUACGACCUGUGGAUACACUUCUGUACAGAACAUGAUGGUGGAGAACGCCGAUUACCUCAUCGAUUCAAUCUCGCUUGCGAUACAGUCAAUGGAUGUUUCCCCUGGCACAUUUCAGAUAUUGACAGUUUUGAUCAAGCUGACUGGAUCUGACAUUGUGGGGUACCUGGAUGACGUUGUUAAGACGCUGUUUAGGUUGCUUGACAGCUACCAAGGGUACCCCCAAUUGGUGGAGAGUGUGAUUGGUGUCUUCACGGCUCUGAUCGAGGUUAUGGAAGCGUCAGUCAAGGUAAAACGGGUGGAGGACAUGAAGAAGAAGGCCCUGACGCUGGAGGGGGUGCUGGAGGAGCUACGUGAGAGACAGAAAAUGCCUGUCGAAGAGGAGCAUGAGUUCGAAUCUCAUCCCAACAAACCAUUUGGGGAAUCAGACGAUAAGAUGGAUGAAGAGGAAGAUCAAGCCCAAGCAGAUGCAGGCGAGGAGUCCGAGAAGUGGACAGGAACACUGGCUAAACCUACAUAUAAACUUGUGAAGCAGAUCUUUGACUACGUUCAGAAUCUAAUCACCUCUGACUCACCAAAACUGGUUGUGUCGCUCUGCAGACUGGUUUCUAUCUGUGCUCCUCUACUUGCAGGCAUUGAUGAAGAUCAGCAGAGCGAGUAUUUGCCCAGCAUCAACGAUCUGUACCCUUUGCUUGAGAACGGUGCCUUCUCAGAUGACAUUGUGGUAGCCGAGUCGUGUUUAAGGACAAUCAGUCUGCUCUUGCAGUCGGUCGACGCCUCGUUUAUGCGGUCGAGAAUGGUAGAUCUGUUUCCUCGUCUGCAAGGUGCGUUCGACAAACUGUUGGGAACAGCCUCCUCAGCUGUCGACCACAAGACCCGACGUGCUUCCUCCCUUUUGUCCACCAUGACAGUUGUGGUGGAGUCUGUCACUCUGCCCACCAUAGUUUUGACAGCCGCGUGUUUUACGUGUCGAGCCCAUUUGGCCGGCAGCACUUCCCGGGAGACUGUUUCAUAUCGCCGGGCUCUUGAAACCGCUAAUCCGGACAUGUAUCAGCUGUUUCUAACAAGCACCUAA